AUGUUUGAAAAAAGUCAAAGUGAUUCAUAUUUUCACAAAAAAAUAAGUUUUCAGAGGGGGGAAAGUAUAGAAUCUUCAUAUUCAAAAGAAAAUCCUAUACAUAAGAAAAAUAAUCAGUCAUUUUUAAGUUUUGCAUAUUCUUAUCUUCAGUUUACAUGGGCCACAAAAUGGAUAUAUUUGGGAUCCAGAAAGCCUCUUCCAGCUAAAAUCCUACCAAACUUACCAGAGUCUGACAGUACUAACUACUGGUCAAAUUUGUUUGAGAGCUCCGUUGAGCAAGAAAGACUAAAAAGUUUAUCUUCUUUUGACCGUAAGAUAUUGGUUAUUAGGGCCCUUUGGAAAUGUUUGUAUGGUCAGUUUAUUAUGAUAAUCGUCCUUAAGGUGCUUUGGGAGGUUUGUUUAUAUUUGAAUAAUUCGAUUAUUCGUGGAUUUAUUCAGUAUAAGGAGAUGGAGAAUUCUGCUGAAAUUAGUGGAAUUAAAAAUGAAAAAGUUCAAGCUUUAGGCGUUGGAUUUAGGCAUGCCUUAUUACUGGUAUUCUUUCAUGCUGCCCACGUAUAUAUUUCAACUCAAUUCAAUUUUUGGGAAUCCAGAGUGGUUUUGAAAAUACAGACAUGUUUAAAAACUUCUAUUUUCAAAAGACUUAUAGAAAGUAAUUCUUGUGCAAAGAAUUUACUACAAAAUGGUAAGGAAAUUGUAAAAUCAAAGAUUCAGGAAGAUGAUCUUGAAAUUCCAGAUGAUGUCUGCUUGGAUAUAGACUAUGACUUUUCCAACCAAAAUCCUAAAUGCCAGAAUGACAAAAUUCAUGAAAAUGAGGAAAUUAUUGACAUAAAUCAUACUGGCAAGAAAAAAGGAUCUGAAGAUAGGCAUAAUAUUUCAACCAAUGUAUUCAACUUGUUAAUGGUAGAUGUUGAAGAUAUUGAGGAGUUUAUUAUGGCUUUGAUUCACUUUAUACUACUUCCAUUCAGGAUUUUUGUUGCAUCCUUACUUAUGUACAGAAAUAUCGGUGAGUCUGCGAUUCCUGGAGUUGUUGUAAUGAUCUCAAUGAUCAUUUUUAUGAUUGUAUUGGAUGUUAUCUCAGCUUUGCUCAAAGAUCCAUUAUUGUAUUGGCGUGACAGACGUCUUGCAAAACUUCAUGAGGUUUUAAGUAAAGUAAGAGCAAUUAAGAUACUUGGAUGGGCUCCAUUUGCUGAAGAAAUCGUUCUCCGAGAUAGAAAAAGUGAAAUUAGCUAUUUAUAUAGAAUAAUUUCAUUAUCAUCUUUGUCAUAUUUGUUCUUCAAAUUGGCAAUUUCUGGCUCUGUUGUUGCUAUAAUGGUUUACUAUACUAAAGGAAUGCUAAACAAAGCUGGCAAUUUAUCUUCAGCCUCCCUUCAUCAAGAAGGUUUUGACUUAAAAGCUUCUAACAUUAUCCCUCUGAUUCAUGUAAUUAACUAUGUGGCAGGAAUUCUUAGAACAGUUCCAAGUUCUUUGAACAUGUUAAUUGAAGGUUGGAUAUCACUGAAAAGGUUCAGUAAUCACUUGGGUUACUCUCACAUUCCUUCUAAUACAGAUAACAAAAAGCUUGCAGAAGAUUACCUUUCCCAAAGCAACACUAAUAUCUGUAAAUCGGAUAUAUCCAAUGAAAGUGAAGUAGAGAGACGACAAAAACAUGAAGAAACGCCUUUAAUCUCAAAGAUCCUUACCUUUGAUGGCAAAAAUAUGCUCGAGGUAAAUGAUAUAACUAGUGAAAAAAAUGAGGUUGAUUUGGAUAUACAAGUAUACAAACCAAAUGAAGAUCAAGAAACUGCAGAUUUUGUAUUAGACAAAUCUAUUUUAGUUUAUCUUCAAGAUCUAAAGUACGUUUCAGAGUCAGAGAAUGAGAGGUCUAGAACAAUGAAGAGUGACUUUAAAUUAAUGAUUCCAAAAAUGGUAAUUAAAAAAAAUUCCUGUCAUUUAAUAAUUGGAAACUCAGGAUCUGGAAAAAGCACUUUACUAUAUGGAAUACUUGGAGAGGUUAACUUUAAACAAGGCCUGAGAUUUAUUAGAUCUCAAAAUAACACAAUAGGAUUUUGCAGCGAAGAUCCAUGGAUUCCAAUUGGUACUGUUAGAUCAGUAAUAUUGUUUGAAAGACCAUGGAAUGAGAAGAGAUAUAACCGGGUAGUUGAAGCUUGUUUACUAAUUGAGGAUUUCAUGCAGUGGCAAGAAGGAGAUUUAAGAGUCUUAGAUGAUGGCGGUCACAUAUUGUCUGGAGGUCAAAGAUCCAGACUAACCUUGGCUAGAGCUUUGUAUGGUUUUUUUUCUGAUUUUGAUGAGUACAAUCGUUUGGAUGAAGCUGAUCUUGUAAGAAACAGUCACUAUGGUGUUUACUGCAGCCAUGACAGGAGUUUGAGUAGGUUUGAUACUCAAUUAUUUUUGUUUGAUGAUAUCUUCGUAUCUCUAGACCCUAAUGUUGGAAGGAGGAUCUUCUACAAUCUUUUUAAUAGAAAUGAUGGUCUAUUAACAGGAGGUAAUUAUUCAACUGUGAUUGUUAUUAAUCCAACAGUACUGCUAUGUUUUUUGGACGGAAAGCUUUCACAGGAAGAAAUUAACGAAAAGUUUGGGGUUGAAAUCAACAUUUGGAACAUAAAAUCAGAAUCGGGUGGUUCAAACCUUAACACACUAGAGCAGUCCAAAUAUGAUGUUUUAAAGAAGAUUGGCAAAGAGAGAGAAAACAGCUUUAGAUACUCUGGGAUGAGCUCCGAACUGUCUGAUUACAAAAAUGUGAUUAGUCAACAAGUAAAUGAUGAAAAACCUAAAAUGAAGAAUAUUAACUUUAUAGAUGAAAGAGGUACCACCAAUUUCAAGAUUGAGAACAGAAAAACAAGUUUGACAAAGAGUAAUAACAAAGCAGCCAGCUACACUUCUUCGGAUUUUUAUAAUGAAGAGAUUGUUUGUGUUCAAUCAGAGUCUGGUCAAAGAUCCAUUAGCUUUAGUUUAUAUGGUUGGUACCUAUCUAAGGUGGGAAUAUUCCUCUUUUUUUUCAUUAUCUGCCCACUAAUUAUGUUAAGUAUCAUCCUUGAUAAUAGCCAGGAUUUUCUAUUGGUUGAGUGGACAGGAUUUACUUCAGAUGGCAAAGAUUUAAAGAGUGAUGUAGAGUUUUAUGGCAGCAAUCCAGGUUCAAAAAACACUUUGGAAUCUCAUAGAAACUAUAUGUAUGGAUUAAUUAUAAUAUUUGUAGUUGGGAUGCUAACACACCUUCUUGUACAGGCAGCUCAGAUCUUAGCAAGUAUGGGAGCUGCAAAGAAGAUCCAUAACGAGAUGUUAAGAGGUUUACUUUCAACUUCUCAAGAAUUUUUUGACAGAAACACCAUUGGACAGAUAAUUAACAGAUUUUGUUUGGAUAUGAUAUCAAUAGACAGAAAGAUAAUGUUCAAAAUAUGUAGCUUUGUUUCAAUAGUACUGGAGAUCAUAAUUAGAGGUGGAUUUAUAGUAUUUGUAUUUCCAUGGCUUUUGUUAAUGAUCCCACCAAUUUGUUUAUUUGCAUGGCUUUGGCUAUUUCAGUAUUAUAGACAUACAGCUAGAGAGCUUUUUAGAUCCAACCUGUCAGCACACACACCAGUAUGCAAUAUAUAUACCCAGGCAUUAAUGGGAGGAUCCAUAAUUCGUGCUUUUAGAUGUGAAGAUGUAUUUCUAUCUAGGAAUAUCAAUUACAUUGAUGAUCUCCAAAAGGUUAAGUUCAUGAAAUCAGGAUCUGAUCAAUGGAUUAGUGUCAGAAUGCAACUUUUAAUGCUACCAUUUACAGCAGGUAUCACAUUGGUACCAAUUGUGCUUAAUUACCUGAAUAUAAGCACAUCAUAUUUCGCAUCAUUCAGUAUAAUUAAGAUAACUGCAGGAUCAUGGGGUCUUGCCCUGGUUUAUGCAAUGUCUUACGCUCCUCUGGUUAAUGAUUCUUUUAAUAUGUUCACUACUGUUGAGAAGUCCAUGUGUGCUGUUGAAAGAAUUUCGGUACUACUUAAGGAUUUAACAGGUUCAAAAGAGAAGGAAUUUAAUGAACAGCUUCAUGAAUCUAAAUACAGGGAUUACAUAAAAUCCAACAAUAUAUCUCCUCAAAAUGCAUUCAAGGGCCUUUAUAUUCACGAGCUAAGAGUUGAGUAUGGAGGCCAGUCUUUAGGAAUCGAACUUAAGAACGAGUAUAUCAAAUAUGGGGAAUGUAUAGGUAUUAUUGGAAGGACAGGGAGUGGGAAAACAACUUUUUUAAAUUCUUUAUUGGGUCUUACUCCAAUAAAUACUAGUCUACUAUUCCUGGAUGGAACUUGGUUAUUCAAUAAAAGAAUGAGGCAAAAUAAAAACGAAUACAUUGGUGUAUUGCCUCAAAAUUCGAUAGGCUUUGAUGGAUGGACAAUCAGGAAGUUUUUAGAUCCUUUUGAGGAGAUUCACAAUGAUCAGCUUAUUUGGGAUGGAAUAAAUGCUUGUGGACUGGAGAAUACACUCCGUUCUCUAAAUAGUUCCAAUCCAUUAGAGACAGUAUUAAGAAAUACUGCAGGAGAUAUCUCAGAAAGACGAGGUUCUAAUUCCAAUAAAGACUGUAAAUUUACCCAAAAACAUUUAAGACAACUUGCUCUUGCUAGACUGAUUAUUCACAGAUUCAAGUACAAGAUUAUUCUGGUAGAUGAGCCUCCAGAAGAACUUUCUGGAAACUUACAAAAUCAGAACAGUAGUAAUAGUUACUUAUCCAUGAAUUCUUCAAACGAAAAAUCAUUGAACAAUACUUCAGAUAGUCAGUACCUUUCCGUAGAAGAAAUCGUAUCCAAGUUUAUGAAACAUUGUAUAGUUUUCAUUGUGGCUCACAACUACAAAUCAUUAAAGUCUUGUGAUCGAAUUUGGGUUUUAUCAGGAGGGAAAAAGGUAAACGAAUGUAAAUUCUCUCAAAUAAACAAUCAACAGAUGCUAGCAGAUUUUCUUUUUUCAAAUGGGAAAAACUUUUGA